CACCAAACCAGAAUUUCUGUGGCUCCUCAAUAAGAAGCACGCCAUUGCAUCGACACGUCUCUAAAAAAAAACCUUGAUAGAGCGGCUCAAGACCUGAAGAAGGAGAAGACUACUAGUUAGUGCUGCCGGGUCCUGUUCAUUUUCAUUCGAUAGAUCCAGCUUGUUCACCAUCACCCCGAACGGACAAACAAAUCAUGGCAACCAACAUCCACUACCACCCGACGCCGCUGACGGCCGAUAUUCGCGCCGGUCUCCGCCAACAAAAGGGCCUGACAAUCUGGCUGACAGGUCUCUCUGCGAGCGGCAAAUCCACCAUUGCCGUGGCUCUCGAACAAGCCUUGCUUCGCAAACCCUACGGCAAAGCCGCCUACCGCCUGGACGGCGACAACAUCCGGUUCGGUCUGAACAAGGAUCUCGGCUUCUCGCCCAAAGACCGCGAGGAGAACAUCCGCCGCAUCGCCGAGGUGGCCAAAUUGUUCGCGGACUCCUGCACGAUCGCCAUCACAAGCUUCAUCAGCCCCUACCGCGCAGACCGAGAUCUUGCGCGCAAAUUGCACGAGGCCGAACGUCCCGGCGGUGAGCCCGGCUUGCCAUUCGUCGAGGUCUGGAUCGACGUCCCCGUGGAAGUCGCCGAGCAGCGUGACCCCAAGGGACUUUACAAGAAGGCGCGCGAGGGCAAGAUCCCCGAGUUCACCGGUAUCAGCGCACCGUAUGAGGAGCCUUUGAAGCCCGAGAUUCAUAUCCAUUCGGAUAAGACCAGCGUGGAGGACGCGGUCAAGAUCAUCGUUAAGUAUCUUGAGGACAAGGGCUAUUUGAGCGCGCCGCCGGCGGUGGACGACGAGUCUUGAACUGGUCCAUUAUCGUGAUUUUCAGAAUCCGAAGAUGCCAAUCUGGCUUGGUUGUGGACGGGCCAUGGACGACGGACUAGAGACAAGAAAAACAUCAUGAGGUACAAUAUUAGAGAACCAAUUUCGGGAAUAUAAAGGUAUCUGGGUGCGACCCAUUGAUCUCCGAAUAUACUGUAGACAGUUCUUUGCCCAUCUACAGUAGUUCAUAACAUCUAAAUGCACUGGUGGCCACUUCGGUCUGAC